CCCACAGCGGGGUUGAUGGCCCGGGCCGCCCCGGGCAGCGGCGCCAGCUCCCUGCCGUUGCUCCUGGCCCUCGCCCUGGGUCUAGUGAUCCUCCACUGUGUGGUGGCAGAUGGGAAUUCAACCAGGAGUCCUGAAAAUGAUGGCCUUCUCUGUGCAGAUCGUGGAGAAAACUGCCCAGCUACCACCACACAACCAAAGCGAAGAGGCCACUUCUCUCGGUGCCCAAAGCAGUACAAGCAUUACUGCAUUAAAGGGAGAUGUCGCUUCGUGGUGGCCGAGCAGACGCCCUCCUGCGUCUGUGAUGAAGGCUACGCUGGGGCAAGAUGUGAGAGAGUUGACUUGUUUUACCUAAGAGGAGAUAGAGGGCAGAUUUUGGUGAUUUGUUUGAUAGCAGUUAUGGUAAUUUUUAUCAUUUUGGUGGUUGGUGUCUGCACAUGCUGUCAUCCUCUUCGGAAACAUCGUAGAAGAAGAAAGAAGGAAGAAGAAAUGGAAACUCUGGGUAAAGAUAUAACUCCUAUCAAUGAUGACAUUCAAGAGACUAGUAUUGCUUAAUGUCUAUGAAGGUACCUCCAGGCUGGUGGCAAGCUACAGAAUGGCUUACUCAUUUGAAAAUGGACAGAAUAUGUCUCAGGAAAACAGCUAGCAAAAUGAAUUUUAAAU